GAGAGAGGGGGGGAGAUCCACUGGCUGGGAUGCAGACGGAUAACUGAAGUAUAUCAUCAGUGCAGCAGCUGUCUCAGAAGGAGGUGAGGCGAUAUCUCAUUGACUCAGCAGGUGUCAGGCCGCAUUAAUGUUGUCUCACGUGCGCAUCACGGUUGCUUAAUUGAAUCUGGGACUGCAGAGAAACGAGCACCGCUGGCACGAGCAGCUCGCACGCUAUGCCCGUCACACAAUGUGGAACAUGGCACGCUUGAAGAUGCCCCGUGUCUCGUGCGGACACUUACCACUGUUCAUGUGUCUGUUUCUACCGACACUCUUAUCUCACGCGCUUGGGAACAUAUACAAGCGCUCGGCGGCCCCGCGCGCGGUGGCCCGGUCUGUCGCCCGCAUGGAUGGCGACGUGAUCAUCGGUGCGCUCUUCUCCGUGCACCACCAGCCGUCCGCCGAACGUGUGGCCGAUAGAAAAUGCGGGGAUGUGCGAGAGCAGUACGGCAUUCAACGGGUGGAGGCGAUGUUCUAUACGCUGGACCGUAUCAACUCCGACCAGAACCUGCUGCCCAACAUCACCCUGGGCUGCGAGAUCAGGGACUCGUGCUGGCACUCAUCCGUUGCUCUGGAGCAAAGCAUCGAGUUCAUUCGAGACUCUCUCAUCUCCAUUCGGGACGACAAAGACGGAUCUAAGUGGUGCAUCGACGGGACGCCUUCCAACCAGCCUCCUCCCAGUAAGAAGCCCAUCGCUGGAGUCAUAGGUCCGGGCUCCAGCUCGGUGGCCAUCCAGGUGCAGAAUCUCCUCCAGCUGUUUAAUAUUCCCCAGAUUGCUUAUUCGGCCACCAGCAUAGACCUGAGCGACAAAACCCUCUUCAAAUACUUCCUCCGUGUCGUGCCCUCUGACACGCUGCAGGCGCGCGCCAUGCUCGACAUUGUCCAACAUUAUAACUGGACCUACGUGUCUGCGGUUCACACAGAGGGUAACUAUGGUGAGAGUGGCAUGGAAGCCUUUAAGGAGUUGGCCGCAGAGGAGGGUCUGUGUAUCGCACACUCUGAUAAGAUAUACAGUAAUGCUGGCGAAAAGCACUUUGACCGUCUGCUUAAUAAACUCCGGGAGCGUCUGCCCAAAGCCCGCGUGGUUGUCUGCUUCUGUGAAGGAAUGACUGUGCGUGGCCUGCUGACGGCCAUGCGGCGCCUUGGGGUUGCUGGAGAGUUCCAGCUAAUUGGGAGUGAUGGCUGGGCAGAUCGUGAUGAGGUGGUAGAAGGAUAUGAGCAGGAAGCAGAUGGUGGGAUCACAAUGAAGUUGCAAACGGAAGAAGUUCAGUCAUUUAAUGAGUACUUUCUGAAGCUGGGUUUGGACACCAACACAAGGAACCCGUGGUUUGCUGAGUUCUGGCAGUACCGCUUCCAGUGCCGCAUUCCUGGUCAUCCCCAGGAGAACCAUAACUUCCAGAAAAUCUGCACAGGAAAUGAGAGCUUGAAAGACAACUAUGUCCAGGACAGCAAGAUGGGCUUUGUGAUCAAUGCGAUUUAUGCAAUGGCUCAUGGCCUUCAUGAUAUGCACAAAGAGCUGUGCCCAGACCACGUUGGCCUGUGUGAGGCGAUGGAUCCCAUUGACGGCAGUAAGCUGCUGGACUAUAUACUCAAGACCUCCUUUGCCGGCGUGUCUGGAGAGGAAAUCUACUUUGAUGUAAACGGAGACUCGCCUGGGAGGUAUGACAUUAUGAAUCUACAGUAUGUGGAGGAGAUAGGUCGUUUUGAUUACAUUAAGGUGGGGUCGUGGCAUGAAGGUCUCCUAAGCAUCAGUGAUGACAAACUCAUGACGAACCGCACUGAGAUGGUCCGAUCUGUCUGCAGCGACCCAUGCUCCAAGGGACAGAUCAAGGUUAUUCGUAAAGGUGAAGUGAGUUGCUGCUGGAUCUGCACUACAUGUAAAGAUAAUGAAUUCGUUCAGGAUGAGUUCACCUGCAAAGCUUGUGACCUGGGCUGGUGGCCUGAUGACGAACUGUCAGAAUGCAUGCCUCUCCCGCUCAAAUACCUAGAGUGGAGCAGCGUGGAGUCCAUCAUCGCAGUGGUGUUCUCCUGCCUCGGCAUCCUGGUAACGCUGUUUGUCACCUUCAUCUUCAUCCAGUACCGUGACACACCGGUGGUGAAGUCCUCCAGCCGUGAGCUCUGCUAUAUCAUCCUGGCGGGCAUCUUCCUUGGCUACAUCUGCCCCUUCACACUCAUCGCACGUCCCACUGUGUUCUCCUGCUACCUGCAGCGCCUCCUGGUGGGCUUGUCGUCCUCCAUGUGCUACUCCGCCCUUGUAACCAAGACCAACCGCAUUGCACGCAUCCUAGCCGGCAGCAAGAAGAAAAUCUGCACACGCAAGCCCCGAUUCAUGAGUGCCUGGGCCCAGCUGGUCAUCGCCUUCAUCCUGAUUAGUCUCCAGCUGGCUGUGGAGGUCACGCUGAUCGUGCUGGAACCCCCCGAGCCGGUGAAAAGCUACCCCAGCAUCAGGGAGGUGUUCCUCAUCUGUAACACAAGUAACGUGGGCGUAGUGGCUCCGCUGGGUUACAAUGGCCUGCUCAUCAUGAGCUGCACAUACUACGCCUUCAAGACCCGCAACGUGCCGGCCAACUUUAACGAAGCCAAGUACAUCGCGUUCACCAUGUACACCACCUGCAUUAUCUGGCUGGCCUUUGUUCCCAUCUACUUCGGCUCCAACUACAAGAUCAUCACCACCUCUUUCUCUGUCAGUCUCAGUGUUACCGUAGCACUGGGCUGCAUGUUCACACCCAAGAUGUACAUCAUCAUCUCCAAGCCUGAGCGCAACGUACGCAGCGCCUUCACGACCUCAGACGUGGUUCGUAUGCACGUGGGCGAUGGGAAGCCAGCUCCCUGCCAGAGCAACAGCAUCUUCAACAUGUUUCGCAAGAAGAAGAACAACAACAAUGCGACCGGCAGCACCAAUCCUAAUGGAAAGUCUGUGUCAUGGUCUGAAUCAGGUGCCAGACCCCAGGGGAGGGGGUCGAGUGUGUUCCACAGACUGUCUGUGCAUGUGAGGAGGCAGGCGGUCGGCCAGAGUCAGAUGGCGGUCAUUCGACCCCUAACUAAUGCCUCACAACCCCCCCAGUCUGAAUAUGAUGCUGGUCUCAACACAGCCCCCAAUGGCUCUCACCCCGAAGACAAGGAACUCUACAAUCUCAACGAGGGGCACGAUGUGGGUCCCCAACAUCCCACAACCCAGGAGGGAGUGGUACAACCUUCCUAUUCCCCCCCUAAUUUAAUAGACCACAGCACUGAUUGUCCUCAAGGGGGGCCGGUGGACACUCUGAGCUCUACAGUUCCUAAUUUUGAGCAAUUUGUAAUUGGCACGGGCAACAAGUCAAGCCCCAUCGCCUAUAAAUUGUCCACCAAUCAGCUGCCUCUUCCCUUGCAGGGGGAGGCGUUCCCUGUGGAAGGUUCUGAAAUGGAAGCUCUUGACCUCAUUCAGGGGUUUCUGUGUGAGAGUGCCACACAAGAGGAGGAGGAAGAGGAAGGUGUGGAGGAAGAGUUGGCACAGAGUAAGCUGACUCUGCUCACUCCACCUUCCCCCUUCAGGGAUUCGCUUCGGUCAGGGGGGUCCAUUCCCGGAUCCCCCGGCUCUGAUAACAACCCUCCCUUUUCCCUAAAUAUGAACUACACCCCAAAACAGAGCUCUUUUACACUGUAGAAGCACACGCUCAGGAUGCCGCUGUUUAUAAUCGAUUACUGCAGGAUAUAAUUUGCUUGCUUACUCGGCUAUCUUCGUAAGUCUUUGUCAAAAUGUUUCGGAAAAGCAAGAAGGACCAUACAAUUAACAAGUGGGACAUCCUGUUGGGAAUAUUUUUCUCUAAGGCAGCGCUGGCAGCAUCCGUUUUCCAAAAUGCUGCUGAAAGUUGGAGUGCCAAAUAUUAUUGUGUUGCUGUGCCCGAAAUCCGCUGGCAAAUGACAUCACAACAGUCCAGGAGUGAUAAUGCCAGCUUGCUGCUUUACUAUUACACUCUUAGCAGGACGAGACACACUUUCUGGGAUUUUGUGCUUUUGAACAAUGUAGCUGGACUUGGUUCUGAUUAAAAAGUUUACUUACCAUUACUAACAAAAAGUUAAUGAUGGAAAAAUGAGGGUUUGUGGAUGUAGACAGCACUGAGACAUAAAUACAACACAUGCAUACAGGUAAACCACACUUCUAGUAUAAGGCUGCUGUGUGCUUUUAGUAUCUGAUUUCCAUUUUUAAACAGUUUUCAGUAACUGUGGACAAGUCAGAGUGAAACAAUGAAACCAUGUGUGCACAAUAACCCUCACUUGGUUGACUUGAUGAGUAAACAUGGAGUUUCCCAGCUAAGGUAUUAUUUUCCAAUCUCCUUGUGGCUCCCAAAUGUAAGUUACAGUGCUUUUGCUUAGAGUCAAAGGCAAGAAUGCUGAUUGUAAUGUUAGAUAUAGAAUACUAUUUAGCUUAAAUGUGGAGCCAAGGUAAAUAAAAGAAACCGUGUCAUGUGUGAACUCAUCCUUGAAAAUGGGAGCAAACAUUUGUAUACUGUUCUGCCAUCUAUCGUUUUCCACACAGAUGGUGUCUUUGUAUUUCUGCUAUAUGUUUCUAUGAUUAGAAUGUGAGAUAUUUGUAAGUUUUAAAAACAAUGUCUUAUAACUUGCUCUUUGUGAUAAAGGGAUGUAUAUGGUGGCACUGAAGCUGGACUAACUUUUCAGCAACUUUUACAAACUUUUAAAUGUUCCAUUUUUAAAUUGUAUUUAUGAGUAGUUGCUUCUAGUGGUAACUUGUAGCAUUUACUGCCAAUUUUGCGUAGGAUUAUCACAUGAAUUUGCGACUGUAACGCUUUAAGUUUAACAGGACUAUUAGGUUGCAACUCUCAAAAGAACAAUAUUCUUGAAUAUCUUACAUAUUGUAAAUGUUAAAAUGGAUUGUAAUAUUAGGUCUUUUAGUGUAAGUUGUUUGGAACAGAAUAAUUUGCUCAAUGUAAUUGACAGAUCACCUGUUUACAUGGUUAAAUGAGGGAAAUGCUCUUUUUGCCAGGACAAAUCAUGCUGUAAAAUAAAUAUUUUAUAUCUAA